AUGAGCUCCUCCACCUACUACCGCAACCUGUCGCCAACCGGGGGACGUCACCACGUGGCAGGCCCCCGUGCGUCGACCGGCAUGGUGCAGCUCGGCUCUUCCCACGAUCCCUAUGACGUCUCAAGGAGCCGCUACGAUUAUGACGAUUAUUACUACCCUUCUGAUGUCGGAUACUCGGCCUCUCAUAGACACCAGCCACAUCAUCGGUCCUCGUCGAGGAUCGAGGCUCAGCCGGUCUCUUCUCAAAAGUUCCGUGAUCCUGGCCAGCCGACUAAGAAGCGGACGGAGUAUACACUUCAGCCUCAGCCCCAGUCCAGACAUAGAAGCCACACGGCGUCUGCGGCCGAUUUGUACGAUAUUCCGGUGCGAUUGUCUGUGCCGUCUUCAUCAUCUUCCGGUCAUCUUCGUCCGGCGGCCAGCUCGGGUCGAGGCCGCUCUCCCAGUCCUCUUCCCUCCACUUCCAGCCAGUAUCUGACUCCGCAUUCUUCUCAUUCUUCUCACCAUGGCCAUCGCCGAGUGUAUAGCACGGACUAUGCGAGCGAUACUGGUCGUUUGGACCCGCGUGAUAGUACCAAGCGUCACUCUCCUCAGCAUACGUAUCGUCAUCAUACUUCGAGUGGGCGUCGUCGACACCCCGCCUACGAUGGACUGCAGAAAGGCGAUGAUAUUGACUCCUAUGAUGCCUACUCUUACACAAAUGCGCGAGAGCAAUUUGACAGAGACUAUCCUGUCAAACCGCGUCACCCUGUAUCCAGGUCUUCGGUAGACCGUCCUCUCAGCAUGAAUGUAAUGGAUGAGCAUCCCCAGCUGCUACGAAAAGAACGAGCUGAACGACCUCACGGACCCCCUCCGACUUCGUGGGGCUUGGACAAGAUCGAUCGUGAGGGCCGGCGCUCAUCCAGAAACUCCGACGGUCACCGGGAUACAUCGAGAACCAGGGACGCCUCCCGGACAAGGGAUGCUUCUCGAGCAAGAGGCGGCCACGACCGUGCCCUAGCCGCCCUACCUCACGAGUCCGACGAUGGCUAUGAUUCGUACAACGACGGUCGCCGUAGGCGUCACCGCAGACAUCGACGCGAGAGUGACAGACACGGUGAUGAUCGAUCGCCGCGCCCACGCAAUGGCACUGGCGAGCAGAUCUUAGCAGCCGGUCUUGGAACGGCUGCCUUGGGUGCGGGUUACUCCGACAUGUCGGAUUAUGACCAUCGUGCCUCGAAACAUCGACACGGUCACCACUAUGAUCUUGACCGGGAGUACGAUUCCGCCCAGCCUACGACUCGAGAUCUUCAUGAAACCUCCCCUAGUGCCGAAAAUAAGCAGCUCUACUUGGAACCGAGCAAGGCCGUCCGUCCUCGUCGGCGGUCACGGGCACGCUCUCGGGGAAAAGACAGCGGCUCAGAUACUUACACAGACGACGAGGACCUUCGCAAGUACCGGCGAGAGCCUUCUGCGGCGGAUCAUCGGAGUAGACAUAGCAGCACAGACACCAGCAGCGCUGAGGACCGCUCCUCCAGACGUCACCGCUCCCACUCGCGUCAUCGGUCGUCACGUUCACAAAGAAGACUAGAGGAUGGGCAGACGAAUGGCUCACGUCACUCUCCAACUGACAGCAAGGAGGACGUCAGGAAGGUUAUCACUGUCGAGCCGCCCACCAAAGAACCCGAGGCUGCGCCCAAGGGUAUCCUCAAGCCACCCCGUCAGAGCUUCCCCGAAGAACCCAAUCCAAUACGAGAAGGGGUUGCUCCUCUCAAGGAUGCCCAUAAGCAGGGUAUUCCUCCGGGAGCUCGUUGGACCAAGAUCGACCGCAGACUAGUCAACCCGGAGGCAUUGGAGGCAGGCAACGAGCGAUUUGAAGAGCGGUCGGACUAUGUCAUUGUGUUGAGGGUUCUGUCCAAGGAAGAAAUUCAGGCCUAUGCUGUGAAAACACAGGAGAUCCGAGAUACUCGCCGCCAGGAGUACAUUGACGACAAGCGCCGUCGUAUGGAAGAGAAUCAGCGUCACGGCCGCCGUGGUGAAGAGACUUCAAGCGACGACGAAGACGAAAGCCCAGAGCAACUAAAGCUCGAGGCACCACCUGUUGCAGAGCUUGAAGCGCCACGUCUUCCAAUUCGCCCUCGAGAGUCCACCAACUCUCCAGAAUCCGAUCGAGCAAAAAUGGCACCUACAGCUGCGCCGGCACACGGCUAG